CGGACUGGGGGGCGCCCCCCUCCCGGCCGGGGGAGCGGCGCGCGCAGCAGCAGAGCAGUGACCUAAGACUUUUUGGAGGGCAGCACGCCUAGAGAUACACUCCAUCACGCACACUCCUCCAGCACCAUGUCAGGAAACUACACCCCCUCUUCUGGGGGCCCCUUCUCGGCUCUCACCCCCAGCAUCUGGCCACAGGAGAUCCUGGCAAAGUAUACCCAGAAAGAAGAGUUGGUGGAGCAGCCGGAAUUCCGGUACGAUGAAUUUGGCUUCCGAGUGGAUAAGGAAGAUGGCGCUGAGCCGAACUCCAGCAAGCUGCUGGGGAUUCCACUGACGGAGGAGCCACAGCAGAGGCUGAAGUGGCAGGCCCACCUGGAAUUCACGCACAACCACGACGUGGGGGACCUCACCUGGGACAAAAUCGAGGUCACGCUGCCGGGUUCGGACAAGCUGCGCUCACUGGUGCUGGCUGGCAUCCCACACAGCAUGAGGCCUCAGCUGUGGAUGCGUCUCUCUGGGGCCUUGCAGAAGAAGAGGAAUUCGGAGAUGUCCUACCGAGACAUUGUGAAAAACAGCUCCAAUGACGAAACUAUCUCUGCCAAACAGAUCGAGAAGGACCUGCUCCGCACCAUGCCCAGCAACGCCUGCUUCUCCAACAUGAACAGCAUCGGGGUGCCACGACUGCGCAGGAUACUCCGGGGACUAGCCUGGCUUUACCCAGAGAUCGGAUACUGCCAAGGCACCGGCAUGGUGGCGGCUUCCCUGCUGCUCUUCUUGGAGGAAGAAGACACCUUCUGGAUGAUGUGUGCCAUCAUCGAGGACCUGGUACCUGCCUCCUACUUCAGCACCACGCUGAUGGGAGUGCAGACCGACCAGCGUGUCCUACGCCACCUCAUCGUGCAGUACCUGCCACGGUUGGACAAGCUCCUGCAAGAGCAUGACAUUGAGCUGUCCCUGAUCACCCUGCACUGGUUCCUCACGUGCUUCGCUAGCGUUGUGCAUAUCAAACUGCUGCUGCGCAUCUGGGACCUCUUCUUCUACCAGGGUUCGCUGGUGCUCUUCCAGGUCACGCUGGGCAUGCUCAGUAUGAAGGAAGAUGAGCUAAUCCAGUCGGAGAAUUCUGCCUCCAUCUUCAACACUCUCUCGGACAUCCCGUCUCAGAUCGAGGAUGCGGAGGUGCUGCUGCGGGAGGCCAUGCGCGUCGCUGGCUCACUGACAGACAUGGCAGUGGAGACCCAGCGCCGCAAGCACCUGGCUUACCUCAUUGCUGACCAAGGGCAACUGCUCAACCCCAGCGCUGCUGUCAAUAAUCUAUCCAAGAUUGUGCGGCGCAGGACCCAGUGCAGGAAAUCUGGCAUCACCUCGUUGCUUUUCGGUGAGGAUGAUUUGGAGGCACUGAAGGCCAAGAACAUCAAGCAGACGGAGCUGGUGGCUGACCUUCGUGAGGCGAUCCUGCAGGUGGCACGGCACUUCCAGUGCGUGGAUCCAAAGAACUGCAGCAUUGACCUGACUCCGGAUUACACCAUGGAGAGCCACCAGCGGGACCAUGAAAACUACGUGGCAUGUUCCCAGAACCGCCGGCGCCGAGCCAAGGCACUGCUGGAUUUCGAGCGCCAUGAUGACGACGAGCUGGGCUUCCGCAAGAACGACAUCAUCACAAUCAUAUCCCAAAAGGACGAGCACUGUUGGGUGGGGGAGCUAAAUGGACUGAGAGGUUGGUUUCCUGCAAAAUUUGUGGAGGUCUUGGAUGAACGGAGCAAAGAGUACUCCGUUGCUGGCGACGACUCGGUCACAGAGGGUGUGACAGACUUGGUCCGAGGGACGCUCUGUCCAGCACUGAAGUCUAUAUUUGAGCAUGGGUUAAAGAAGCCGUCCCUACUGGGGGGGCCCUGCCACCCCUGGCUGUUUAUCGAAGAGGCUGCUGGACGGGAGGUGGAACGAGACUUCGACUCGGUGUACUCCCGCCUCGUGCUCUGUAAGACUUACAGGCUGGAUGAAGAUGGAAAAGUUCUGACUCCAGAGGAACUGCUUUACCGGGCAGUGCAGUCCGUGAACAUGACGCACGACGCUGCGCACACUCAGAUGGACGUGAAGCUUCGCUCCCUCAUCUGCGUUGGACUCAAUGAGCAGGUCCUGCACCUGUGGCUGGAGGUGCUGUGCUCGAGCCUGCAGACAGUGGAGAAAUGGUUCCAUCCCUGGUCCUUCCUGCGCAGUCCUGGCUGGGUGCAGAUCAAGUGUGAGCUCAGGGUCCUCUCCAGAUUUGCAUUCAGUCUCUCUCAGGACUGGGAACUUCCUAUUAAGAGAGAGGAGAAGGAGAAGAAGCCGCUGAAGGAAGGAGUGCAGGACAUGCUGGUGAAGCACCAUCUCUUCAGCUGGGACAUAGAUGGCUGACCCCGGCCACUGCAGACCUUCUAGACUGCCACACUCAACACACACACUCCUCCCUCCCCCACCCGUGGCUGCUCUCAGCCCAGCUGAAGCGACAGCCUCUCCAGCUCAGCCGGGCACUUCACCCCAGGCACUGGGUGGCUGGAGGGCUGUGUGUGGUCUUGCAGGCAGAAAUCCUUCCCCCAGCCUGUGCAGGACACCCUGCACCAGCUGCCCAGCUCUCAGUCCCAUGUGUUCCCUUGUCCCACAGCUGUAAGCCCUGCUCGGAGAGGAGGAGGGACUCCACCGGCCAGAUCUCUAGCUUCCUUUUUGGCCCACCCUGCUGCUCCUCUGGGAGAGGGUUCUUAAUCUGCCUCAUGGCCCCUCUCCCUACUGUCCUAGGGGUAGUGAGCAGAUCUGUGUGUCUGUCCAACAUUUCCAAGUGCCGCUGGAGCCCAGAAUGUGAGGGCAGCAGGUGAAGAGAGAGCUCCCCGUGGGUGCUUGAUAACUGCAGGGUCCAUUGAAGGGGGAGGCUGAGGAAUGCACAGAACUACUGGCUGACCUGAGCUUCCCUGUCUCUUGUGCUUUGGAAGCCUCCCUUGGUGAAAGAUCUUUUGUCUUGUUGCCCUAGCAGUGUAAGGGACGGAUGGGGGUGCUGACAAGAUGUGCCUAAGGGAGCAGCCAGUUACCAACUAUAACUGCCUUAGGGCAUGGGGCUUUUUCUCAAAAGUGUGGAGGCAAGCCCCAGUUCUCCCCUAGCCGGAGGGAGCAUCAUGCUGUUGUUUUAGCCUCUACCUGUGUUACUUUAAAUUAACCAAAAAGAUGUACAUGAUCUCUAGACAUAUCUGUAUAUUUUGGCAUCAUCUUAGCUCAGGAAGUGGGUUCAGGCCUGAGCUGGCUCAGGGAGACUAACUCAGCUCCUGCCCUGUGGGAAGAGGCUGAGGCCUAUAAGCUAGGAGUGGAGCAUCACUACUGCUGUAGGGUAGCUCUGCUCCAUGGCGUCUGUGACUUUAGCAAUGAAAGCACUUGUUUGUGAGCACAAACUACUCAUGAAAUAACACUAGAUUCUUACUUUCCUUCAGUCUUUGGGGUUGUAAAUAAAGUGCAUCUUGGGAGAGCUUUGGUGGUUUUCUCCAGCAGGGUUGGGGUGGGGGUGAGUAAACCUUCCUUUGAUUUGCUGUUGCAGGUCUCUGUGGGGUUUAAGCUGGAUGCCUGCUCUCUGAGCUCCUGGAGGGAAAGAGGAAUCCUUUACAGGAGCAGAGAAUUAGUCUUUAUCUCACUCAGUGACCCUGAAAUCACCUCAUCUCUUUUCUCCCUGUUUCCAACUGAAAUGGGUCUUAAUCCUUAUGGCUUGGUUUGGAAUUUAGCUAAUAGGAGAAGGCUCCACUGUGCAGUGGGAUUUAUAGGCGCACAGAAUUGCAUCCCCACCCCUGCAGGGAAGGGUGCCCCUCUGUGUUGCAGAACAGAAUAUUCAGUUGUGGCUAUGGCAUUAGUGCCAAUUCUACAGUGCAACAGUAGGGCUAGGAAAGACUAGGUCAAGCCUGGCUUCUUGACUAAAGCAGGUGUCAGAACCAGCAGCACACUGCCCCAGUGAGAGCAUGGUGGGAUGGGAUAUUCAGGACACUUCUAAUGGUGACACAAGUCAACAACAGCGUUUUAAACUGUACAAGUAAAAAUCACAUCCCCAGGGACUUAUCAGUGUAAAAAGACACAGCAGGAAAAGCCGUUCUGCACUUUUUCGUCUGUCAUGCAGUUUAAAAAUAAAUAAAUAAAGGUUCUUGGCAAGGCAACCACGUGCCUCAGCAUAGAGGAGUGGGGAAGUGGGGCUGUCUCAAAACAGAGUUCAGGGCUGAACGCCGUUAAGAGGUAAGGUGCCCUUUAUACUUCCAGGAGGGAAGCAAAGAAAACAGGAGAACCUUGCUUGACAGCUCUUUAGGAAUUGUGCUCUCCUGUGUUCUAAACCCAACUGAUGGCAACCUUGAGAAGGUGGGAGACAACUUGGAGCAGGUAUGGAUGAGCACAGGGCCUGCAGGCCUGUUUCUAUUCAAGUGCUAUUCUAACAGGAAUGGAUCCAUUUGCAGGACACUUGCUCCUGGGGGAAGCUCCACUGGAGGAUGUGUAUGCACCAUAUACUCUUGACCAGUGACUGUAAAUAUCAGUGUUGCAGUGCCACACGUGGAGCUCCAGGUGAGGGCACACAGGGAGGUGUAGACCCACUGCUGCUCCAGUUCCUUCUCAUGAAACCUGGCAGACUCUGCCCCUGAGGGGAAGAAGAGCAGGAGGUAGAACACCCUGACACAUAAAACAGCUUGAAGCACUCACAGCUAGGUAGCCUUUCUGUGACCGGAGGGGUGCUCCAGUGUAGGAGCUUCCCAAGCAGUAGGUCAACACGGAGGUGGGUGGUGAAUUGAAGAGCUGUCACCCAACGUCAUGUCAGUUCUGGAUGCAGGUCUGCUGGUGUAAUGUUUGACAAAUGUGUGAACCAAGGAGCACGUUGCAGCCCUGCAGCUUUCUGAGAUGGCGAUGGCUAUAGCAGUGGACUGAGCCUUCACUUGCUGAGGGGGAUAUUUCACAGCAAAUCAAGAUACAAUCAAACCCUCUUGGACAGGCUUAGGGGAAAUCAGCUGACCUCUUAUCCUUUUCACCAAGGAUACAAAGAGCCUUAAUGCUGGCAGGGUAGAUGGCAAGGGCCCUACUUACAGCUAAUGUUUGGAGACAAGCUUCCUCCCUCAAGGUGGGGGCUUAGCCAUUUGCUGGUAUUUUAUCCUAUCUUGGUUGGUGUGAAAUUCCAACAAGUCUUUAGGGAGGAAUCAAGGACUGGGGGGGGCAGCAUGACCUUGUCGUGCUAGCACGUAGUGGAUCUGUCAUGAGCCCCGCGUUCUCGCAUUCUGAGCUGACAGCGCUCAGAAGUAAGUCUUGAGGAUGAGACAGCAGGGAGUUUGCAACUGCUGGUAAACCACUGAAGUAUCUGUGUGAGGGGAGAUGUACCAGUACCACAGCCAUGCUGCACAGUUUACAUAAUACAUGGCUGUGCUGUUGUCCAGCGUUACUCUGCCAGAGGGGCCCUUUCGGUCAUGAAGUGAGCGCGGACAUGGGUAGUGGCCUUCCCUUAGUUCCAGGAUGUUGAGUUGGAGUGAUGGCUCAUGUGAGGACCAUUUUCCCUGUGCUGUGGCACCCCACCCAAAAAAGGCAUCCAGUGUGAAGACUUUUUGAGGGUGGCAGACUGGGAUUUCCACACCAACCUUCAGAGGAUCUUUCCACCUAAGAGGCUAGUACUCAGGAAGCCAUAGUGAUGUGUUUGGAGCAUACAUAAUCCUGAGCAAGGCCUGACCAUCUGCAAUGCAGCCUUGCAUCUGGCAUAAUGAAUGUGGAGGCCAACAUGGCCUAGGAGUUGUAUGUAGGGAAGUCCAAGUGGUUUCUGUGGCUUUCAGUGCCCUUGAGGUGGGCAUCUUGAGCUUAGAUGCAUCUGCUAGAGGUGUCAAAUAGUACCAAGCAAGGUACUUCUUGAGUAGGUGGUGGUAGGCUAUGCCAGGGUCUCUGGCAGAAGAAAGUGGCUUUCUUCUUUCAGAGGCCUUCAGCGUGAACCUGAGUCUGGCGGGCACUGGUAUGGCCUGAGAGGUUGAGGCUGAUGUUAAGGCAAGUGUUCCUUGAGGAGUUUCAGUCUCGCCCCUCUAUCCUUGUGAGACCCACCAUUAAACCCCCAGGCAGACUUUACACUUGGACGGGACAUGAGAUUUUGUGAGGCACCACAGACACCUAUAGGUCCUAUCACUGUAAGGAAAAGACCUGUGGCAGCUCUGGCAGGGCUGGAACCUUGGAGUUUUAAGCAUAAUCUGGGUAAGUGCCAUAGACCACAAAGGCUGAAGGGGCAAGAAUCUCAGAGUGCUCUACCCCCCCUCCAAGUUGUGCAGCAACUAAGAGGAAAAAACCCAAACCUAAUAGGCUAGGAAGCAGCUGUCAAUGCAGUUCCUCCCACUUGAGCUGCAGCAGUUAAGAAGUGGCGUGGUGAUGGGUCAUCUGGGAGCAGAAGACCUUACACUUCACAAGCACUCACCCACCGACCCAGUUAUUUACAAUCGCUGGUCAAGAGUGCAGAGCCCCCAUAAGGGCACAUAACUGGAUCUCCAACUCCCAACCAGAGGGCAGCACCCUCCCCUCUACAUUGGUAAAAUGUCUUCCCCUUGGUUCAGUCUUGGAGAAAUGGAGGUGGGUUAAAAUCUGUCCUCACUGUCUGGGCAGAGAGAAACUUGCUCUUCGUGGGCAUGUGGCUAGUCCCCCCUCCGUGUGUGGAAAUGUCCCGGCAGCACCACUCAUGUUUACCCACUCUCCAUGAACAAAAUGCUACAGCAUUUGAAAGCAAGACAGAGCAUGCUGGGAAGGGGACACUGCUGUAGGUGCAAAGAAUGCACCAGGAGAGUUAGGAUUCUUCCUCCUCACUUCCUGUGCCUCCAUUUCAAAGACAAAAGGUGAAAGGUGCUCAGCCUGCAAGGGCUGGGAUGGCCUUGUAUCACUGCCUACAAGACAGACCUUUUGAUCAUGUUUUUUCUUUAUUUUUUAAUAAAAUGUUUCUUUCCACGUAUUUAUAACUGAAAAAAUAAUUCAAUGUAAGGAUUCAUUCUCUCCCCCGUUAACUCUUCACUCUUGUCCUUUUCCAGUUGAGUGUUCAUGCUGGAGCCUAUUGCCUCAGACUGUGCUGAUCACCCCUUGUUGGUGCUGCAUA